AGGGGAGACAGACUGUGGAGGAGAAGACGCGAAGCUUCAUCUCUGCCUGGCUGGAGAUGAAAGAUACUUUUAUCUCACUCUGAACAAACGGAUUUCACUUGGUGCCGCCAUGUAUUUUGGCAGUGUGUGUCACAGCGCUCUGCCACCGCUGCUCCGCCCCGCGUUGGGCAGAACCCAACCCUCCGCCGACCUCAAGCCCCUCCUCCCCUUCCAGCUGCUGCCUGCAUUCACAGACAUGGAUCACGCCCAUAAAGCUCUGAUCAGCCAAGGCUUCGGGCUAACAUCGCCGCUGAAGAGGAAGCCCAGUUCCUGCGGAGUAUGUCGACUGAGGUUCAACUCUGAGGCACAGGCUACUUCCCAUUACAGUGGCACCAAACACGCAAAAAAGCUAAAAGCAAUGGACACCCCCGAAUCAAAGAUCAGGACCUCUGAACCGGUUGCCAAGGAAACCACAUCGCAAAUCCUCCCGUCACUCUGCUCACAGCCCUCCAGCUCCGACACAACAUCAGGAGAACCCUCAGCCUCAAACCUCACCUCAGAGGCGGCACCAUCGAGCAUCGACCCCACUGAAACUGUGAACGCGUCCUCUGACCCCUCCCUGUCGCCCAGCCAGGGGACACCGGAGAAAGAGACACAAAGAGACGGAGAGGCGGAGGUCCCAGAGGAGGAAACAGAAGAGGAGAAAGCUAUGCGUCUUCUCUACUGCUCCCUCUGCAAGGUUGCCGUCAACUCUGCCUCCCAGCUGCAAGCCCACAACAGCGGCACUAAGCACAAGACGAUGCUCGAGGCGAGGAGUGGUCAUGGAGCCAUCAAGUCCUUUCCCAGGGCGGGGGUCAAGGCCAAGUUGGUCAUGCCCACUGAGUUGUCAACGGGGCUCCAGAACAAAACUUUCCACUGUGAGAUCUGUGAUGUGCACGUCAACUCCGAGACUCAGCUCAAACAGCACAUCAGCAGUAGGAGGCACAAGGAUAGAGCAGCAGGUAAACCAGCCAAGCCUAAGUUCAGCCCUUAUACUCCCACCCAGCGCCACCAGAGUUUCCAAGCAAUCCGUCUCGCUCUACGGAAGAACCAAGACCCGACCAAACCUCUCGCCUCCUGUCUCCUACAGCGCCAACUCUCCGUUGCCGCUGCUGCUGCCAUGACAACGUUGCCCCCCUUCUCUCUCCGCCCUGUCUCAAACUCGAGCCCCACCCUAUUUCAGAGUCAGCCCCUCCCCCAGGCGCUGCUGCAUCCGGCCCCUGGACCCAUCUGUUCGACACACACGCCGGUUCUGUUUUCCCCCUACUGACCCUGUCGACGUCUCAAUCAGCUUUGAACUGCAGCUAAAAGCAGACUUGAGACCUGAACAAGUUGUGAUAUAAGACAGUGCUUACUGUGCUCUACUAACAAUAGAUACUGUGGGUGUCAUGGACCAGGACUGAAGAGUAUUUGCUGGGCAAAAAACAUUAAGUACAUUGGGAUGGAGGAAGAAGAAAGCAGCAAAUGAGUGAAAACAAGAGUAUUUUCUGAUCUGUGUGCGUGUGUGUGUGCAUGUGCAGAUAUAGCCAUCAUAGAAGUACAACUUUUUACAACAUGUUUGCUGUACUACUGCUUCAUUCCUCCAUUAAUAACCAAAUAUUAUAAAUGCUGAUCAUCUAUGAAAAUCCCUCUAAAAGCAACGAUAAGAAACUUUUAUUUUGCGUUGAUUUUGGCGACCCCUGUGGACAAAAGCGGUACUGUUUCCAUGAGCACCAAGGCUUUGUGUGUGAAAACCUUGGUCUGGGUAGCAUGGGUAUUUCUUUUGGAAGAAAGAUGGACCUUGUAAUACUAUUUUGUACUGAUAUAGAACUACAUCUUGCAAAUAUUUCAUAAAUGAAAUAGACAUAAUUCAUACUUAUCAAGGAGGACAAGGGCUAAUUAAGGAUCCUUUUGAAUUCUUUUAAAUGCCCAAAUUCUUUCCAUCUGUCGAAUGGCUGACCAAGGUUUAACGUGUUUUCACCCGUGCUUCAUCACUGUCCCUUUGACCUUUUUUUAUGUUCUUUUGGUAAGUUCUUUUAUUUUCCUCUUUGCUGAAUCUACCGCAGUAUCAGCCAUGACCACAAAUUAUAACAGAAAAACUAAAUUCCUCUAAAGAAAAAUCUCCGCCUGCUUCCUUUGAACUGGCUACUCACUGCCAAGCUUUGCCUGGACAACGUAAAUGCAGACUUCUCUUGAUAUAAAUCGUUUCACUCGAAACUGGUGACAGGCAUUAAGAAUACUGUAUAGAAACAGCCAAUCUUCUCACUGAUGGUCUCAUUUGCUUAUGUAGGUCAUAUAAAGGCAUCAGUAUUAAAUUGAGAUGAUUUCAAAACGAAUAAACUCCUUGUGGCUGCUUUAAAAUGGACAGUUUAAUCCAGUAUAGAUAUAUGAAAAAUGCAUUAUGGUGAACUUCCAUGAUGACUAUAACUGUGUGUGUUUAUGUGUGCAGCUAUGCAUAUCAGUAUGAAAGCCAAUCUGAGCAUGCUUGACUAAAGAGGUUUAUUAUUUUCCAAUAAACAUUAGCUGUGGACACUCAUGUUGGAUUCCAGGAAAUUCUUUAUUACCAAUUUAAAAAUCCUUAAUGGUGUUUGAAUGGUAAUACAUUUUUGUUGCGACAUACAUUAAAUAAGAUGCAUACACCAUGACGAACAUCUAUGUUCU